ACCAGGAAGAGGAAAGCCUGACUGCGGAAGAAAAAAAAUGCACCACAGGUAGAAAGUACUUAUAUCAUUUGAAAACAGUUUUACAUUAACAACAUAUUUUUGUGUUUUACGUAUUCAAAUGACAUCGGUGCAGCUACAGGUAACGUUUCUGAAAGCUUCUGAAAACUUGCUAGUAAGCUUCCCUCCUUGUUCGCUGCUGUAUUUUAUGGACUGAACGAUUACAGAUCUAAAUGAUGUGGGGAGAAAUUGAGCCUUGCCCCACGUCCAGUCCUGUUAGCUUUGGCAAGUCAAGCUGUAAGACAGAGCUCCAUUAUCCCGGGUCGGGUCCGGAGGAUGUGAAGUACGAUUCCGGAGAUGGCAAGGAACAGCCGGUGGACGACGCGGUAAGAAAGGAAGCUGAAGACCGCGCUGAAGCUCUGACGGAAAUUUGGAGCACGUGUCCCAGCCACCUGUCGGCCAUGAUCGAGGCCGUGGCGGCCAGCGGGAGCCCGGUGAAGAGCCAGCAGCUGGGGGAUCCGGACCUGACGCUGGAGGAGAGAAGGCGGGUCCUCCUGGAGCAGUACCGGGCCAAGCCGCUGGUCUUCCUGGAGCGCUACGAGGCCCACCUGAAGCCCGAGCACCUGGGGGCCUUCGCCCACCUGAGCACGGACUGCCGGGCCCAGCACUACUGCCGGGAGGUGCAGAGGAGAGCGUCCAAUCGGGCGGCCCGCACCAGGGUCCGCAACCACCGCUACGCCGCUCUCCGCACCCUGCAGCAGGAGGGUCAGUACUUCAGCGAGGAGCAGAUGAGGGUGCGUGAGCCGCUCCUGUAUGAGCAGUACAUCGGUCAGUACCUGAGCGAGGAUGAGCUGUGUAAGCGCUCAGCGGAGGCCAUGUCGGCAGGGUGCGGGGGCCUGGCCGACCUGCUGAUGAACUCCUACCAGGAGAGACUUCUCCAGAACACGCUGCAGCAGCAGCAGGACAGGGAGGAGGAGGCGCUGGAGGAGACGGAGGAGGACGAUGAGGACAGUGAGGCCGGAGGAGGAGAACACUGGGAGCCCAGCGCGGAGGAGAAGGCCCUGCUGAGGGAGGAGUUUCUCACUCAGAUGCAUCAGCGAUUCUUAGACGGCAAGGACAAGGACUUCAACUACAGCGAAGUGGACGAGAAUCCGGACUACGACAAUCUGGACAUUGUGAGCCGUGACGCAGAGGAACGGUACUUUGAUAAUGAUGAUGAUGAUGAAGAGGAGGAGGAUGAAGAUCUAGAGGAAGAGGAAGAUGAGGAGAUGCAAUAGCAUACAAAAAUGGCUUAAGUUUUCAGUGUUGAAGAAAAGCCCCACAAAUGUAAAUGCAAUUGUUCAUGUAGUCGGUGUUUAUUUUCAUAACUAUGCAAUUGAACUUUGCAUACGUUCAGCAUAUUUCUCUGUAAAUUUCUCUAUUUUCUUUUUCUAUUAAUAGUUUCUGUAUGAAAGGGUAUUUCAUUAAAUAAUGUAAAUGUUUAUAGACGUUAUGUAUAUAAUGUGCAUUUUUAUCUGUUAUUUGUUUAUUGAAAUGUGAUAAAUGCAUGAGUAUUCAUCAUAGUACGCACUGCAACAUUUUAUCCAAAUGUUUUAAAACGUUUAUGAUUUCUGGGCAUGUUCAACUCCAGAAUCCUUCCUGAGAAGAAGGUUUCCUGCUUUGUUUCCCACAAAACUUUCAUCUUGUUAGAAUGUGAAAAUUAUAUUGCAUUUAUCUGGUUUAGUUUCACAUUCAUGUACGGCAGGGGGUCAUAACAAUACAUUAAUCCGUAUACUGUACCUACCCUCUUGACAGCAGGACAAAAUCUAAAAACGUAUUUUAAAAAUAAGACAUUUUUAAUUGAAAUUAUAGUGGAUUGUUCUGCUUAAGUCAGGUCUAACUUUUUAGAUUUCAGAAAGAGCUGUUCCUCUCACAAACUUCCAGGGUUCAGGGGCAAAAUCAAACCAUGCUGGAAGCAGCUCUUAAUGGCUGCAAUCAAGUCACCUGUAGAACUUGAAAUGUCCACAGGGGGCAGCAGCUUCUCUUUUCCAGCAGAAUUAACAUUUGGUCUUAUGAUGGUUUUCCAGUCUUGAGCUGGCUAAAUAAAUGGAUGCAGAAAGAAAUAAUGGCCAUU